AUGCGGAGUGUGAUUCAACAACGGGGCUUCUGCAAAAGCCAAAUUACUCGUGCGCAUAAUAAUGCCUUAAAAUUUGUUGAUGACAUUCAAUCAGUGCAAACAAUAGUUGUCCGCCUGGCGCAACUACAGGAAAAUUAUUUGCGGUUCGUACGGCUCUCGGAAGAGCUGUAUGCAUUUAAAUCGGAAGCCGAUUGGGAGAACCCUGACGAGGAUUUUGACGCAUAUGAGGACAAACAUUAUGCUACACACGCUAUUCUCAGCAAUACUUUGGAGGAGUUGAGACGGGAUGUCACCUCAAACAGUAUUGAUGCCACAGUUCAAGCCGCAGGCACACCCCAGAGAAGUCAUGUCGAUUUUCAUUUCAUGAGCCUUCCGAGUGCUAUAAAUUCAAAUAUCGGCACAGUGCGGAAAAUUGCCGAUGGUGCAGACGAAGUUAUUCGUGGUCUACGAGCUCUUAAUUGCGAAGAGAGGGAUCCCUGGCUAAUUUUCAUUCUACUUUCAAAAUUAGAUAGCGAUACCCGCCAAGCCUGGGCUCAGUGCGCAGAAUCCGAGGAAAAAGGUGUGACCAUCAACCGAUUCUUGAAAUUUCUCACAUCACGCUGCGAUACGUUGGAGGCUUUUGAAUUAACUCGAUCAACCCAAGCUCGACGCGCAGCUACCACGCACCACGCAGACACGCAUCCAAGACGGGAAGAGCCGAAGUGCACAUCGUGCCAGCAGAAUCACCAACUGUUUAAGUGUCCUCAAUUCAUCGCACUCGACAUUGCAUCUCGCCGAGACUUCCUCAAAUCAAGAAAGCUCUGUUUCAAUUGCCUCAGCCCGGCUCAUAUGGUGGGCAACUGUACAUCGAGGCAUACUUGUCGGAUCUGCCGCCGCAAGCAUCAUACUUUGGUUCAUGGCUCGUCGCAGCCAAUUCAAAAUGGCAACAACAUUGACACAGCAAGUGUUGACAGCCGCGAUCGACCAGCAGUCUCACAUGCGGGAUCUACAAUUGGCCACAAUCAACCGCUAGCUCGAGAAGGUCAUCGCUUGGGAAGCGAGACUCCCGCGGAAAACAACUUUACGCAUCAUACUCUGGAGAAUAUUCCGGCGGCUGGUUCUCAGACUCUGUUGCCAACCAUCCUUGCUGACGUCAUCGACGCCUGGGGAAACACUACAACCUGCAGGCUGCUCCUGGACACUGGAUCUACAAUAACCUUGGCAUCGGAAUCAUUUGUUCAGCGAAUAGGCGUGCGUCGAACGCACGCACGGAUUUCUAUUCUCGGUCUCGCCGCCAACAGCGCGGGCGUUACCCGAGGACGCGCACAUAUCAAGCUGCGCUCUCGUCAUUCGGGCCAAACUGUCGAAUUGGUCUCGUUCAUUCUCACCUCGCUGACGUCAUCACUUCCUGCCCAAGUUAUUGACACCUCAUCCUCUACGUGGAGGCAAAUCUGCGAGCUUCCUUUGGCAGACCCAACGUUCUGCACACCUGGAGCAAUCGAUGUCAUUGUUGGAUCGGAUCAACUUUGGUCUCUAUACACAGGAGAUCGGAAACACUUUGGUAACGACUUUCCUAUCGCUCUCAAUACUGUAUUUGGUUGGAUUCUUGCAGGCUCUUACUCUGCAUUCGAUGAUCACCCUACUUCUGCGGUUACUCAUCACGCGGACCUAGACACGAUGGUUCGUUCAUUCAUGGAGAUGGACAGCAUUCAGCCUAACCAGGCUCUCCUGGACGCCAGCGAUCCCACAGAGCGUCAUUUUGCUGCCACACACAAGCGCUCGACGGACGGGGUGUACGUCGUCGAGUAUCCCUUCAAGGAAAAGGCACCGCCUAUUGAUUCGACCUUGCCACAGGCCAUCAAUCGCUUCUUCUCGCUGGAACGCAAAUUUCGUCGGUAUCCAGAAUUGAAGCAGCAGUACGAAGCUUUCCUGGACGACUACUUGCAACGUGGACAUAUGGAAAAACUGACCUCGGCUCAGGUUGAAGAGUCCCCAGACACCUGCUUCUAUUUGCCGCACCACGCUGUCAUCAAACUGGACAGUCUGACUACCAAAUGUCGUGUAGUUUUUGAUGGAUCAGGAAAGGACAGCUCUGGAGUAUCGCUCAAUGACAGACUACAUAUUGGUCCACCGAUUCAACGCGAUCUUUUUGGCGUUUGUCUACGCUUCCGGCAGCACCAAUAUGUUUUAUGUGCAGAUGUCGAAAAGAUGUUUCGAGGCAUUAAAGUCUUUAAGCCACACACCAAUUUUCAGCGCAUUGUUUGGCGCACGACUGAGAAUGAACCUCUGCUUCAUUUUCGCCUGCUGACGGUUACCUACGGAUUGGCACCGUCACCAUUUCUGGCUGUUCGAGUUCUAAAGCAACUUGCCGACGAUCAUGGCCAUGAAUACCCUGCAGCAGCUCACGCUCUUCUGCACGAUGCCUAUGUGGACGAUAUCCCGACAGGCGCCAACACAUUCGAGGAGCUUAUGAUUCUCAAGGACGAGCUUAUAGCCCUCUUGGAUAAGGGAAAAUUCAAGCUACGCAAAUGGAGUUCUAAUAGUUGGCGUCUUCUGAAAUCAUUACCAGAGGAAGAUAGAUGUUUUGAACCUAUCCAGCUCCUCAACAAAUCAGCUGCGGAUUCACCUGUCAAAGUUCUUGGUAUCCAAUGGAACCCUGGGAAGGACGUCCUGUAUCUCAACCUAAAGGGAUGCGAUGCGACCAUUUCUCCGACGAAAAGAGAACUCUUGUCUCAGCUAUCAAGAAUUUAUGAUCCGCUUGGACUGGUAGCGCCGGUCACAGUUCUACUCAAGCUAAUCUUCCAAGAAAGCUGGACAAGUGUCCUGCAGUGGGACGACCCCAUACCUGAAAGUCUACGUACGCGCUGGAGAGCCUUAGUAGAGGAUUUGCCAGCACUUACGCAAUGCCAAGUACCACGGUAUAUUGCGUCACCAUUUCGAGAUGUUCAACUACACGGAUUCGCCGACGCAUCCUCGCACGCCUACGGUGCGGUAGUUUACGCUCGAGUUGCAGUUGGAUGCAGCUUUCAAGUAACUCUGGUUGCCGCCAAAACACGGGUGGCCCCGAUCAAGCCCGUAUCAAUUCCACGUUUGGAGCUAAACGCUGCGUUACUUCUAUCUCGAUUGCUUUCUAUUGUCAAAACAUCACUAACAAUUCCUCUUUUCAGCACGAGCUGCUGGACAGAUUCAGAAAUUGUGCUACACUGGCUUUCAGCUCCCCCUCGACGGUGGAACACCUACGUCUGCAACCGAACUUCUGAGAUAUUGAGCGACUUUCCCCGUAGCUGCUGGAACCAUGUUCGCACGGAAGACAAUCCUGCAGAUUGUGCUUCCCGAGGACUUCAUCCGUCAAAGCUUCUGGAGCAUCGACUGUGGUGGAAAGGUCCGUCUUGGCUGGCCACACCCACCUCUGAGUGGCCACCUUCUACAAGCAAGUUCAGCGUAUCUUCAAGUUUCGAUGUCAACACCGAAGAACGAGCCAUAAAGCCCACGACUCUACAUAACUUUCCUGAUGAAAGUAUACACGAGUUACUCAUCCACAAAUUCUCAACCUGGACGCGUCUUAUAAGGGUAUCUAGCUACUGUCAUCGCUUUAUUCACACUCUUCGAUCCCAUCAUAGGAAUUCGGCACCAUUCCUUACGUCUGAAGAGUUGCUGGACGCACAGCGCCGACUUAUUCGACAUGUGCAACAAAAAUCCUUUGCCAGAGAAUAUGAGCAGCUAGAGAAUCGACGCCAGCUUAACGCUAAAUCGCAUCUUAUCCGGUUUUCUCCGUUUCUGGAUGAUUAUGGAGUAAUGCGAGUCGGUGGGAGAAUCGAGCAAUCUACACUCAACUAUAACGCCAAGCACCCGAUUCUGAUACCUAAAGAUACACCACUAGCUGGACUCCUGGUUCGACAUUUUCAUGUCUCCUAUCUGCACACUGGAGUUGAUGCAACGUUCACCAAUCUUCGUCAGCAGUACUGGAUUCUGGGAGCCCGCAAUCUCGUCAGAAAGGCAGUCUUCCAAUGCAAAUCCUGUUUUCUUCAACGAAAGGGCACAAGCAACCAGAUCAUGGGAGAGCUACCAAUUCCUCGAGUUCAAGCUAGCCGCUGCUUUCAACACACAGGGCUGGACUACGCUGGACCGAUCGCAAUCAAGGAAUCAAAGGGAAGAACUCCACGCAUCGGAAAGGCAUGGUUUUCUAUUUUCGUGUGUCUCACUACAAAGGCACUUCACAUCGAGGUUGUUAGUGAGCUAACUACACAGGCUUUCAUCGCAGCCUUUCAACGAUUCAUUGCCCGCCGAGCGAAGCCUACUGACCUGUAUUCGGAUAAUGGAACAACAUUUCAUGGAGGCAAGAAAACUUUGGAUGACAUGAGACGUCUGGCCAUUCAACAAGCCAAAGAUGAGGAACUAGCAGGAUUCUUUGCCAAUGAAGGGAUUUCUUGGCACUUUAUACCCCCGUCUGCUCCACAUUUUGGAGGGAUGUGGGAAGCUGGAGUUCGCUCAAUUAAACUCCAUAUGAAACGAAUACUUGGAUCAAAGGCUUUAACGUUUGAGGAGCUCUCUACUGUCCUGACCCAAAUUGAAGCUAUCCUGAAUUCACGCCCGCUGUGCCCAACUGGGGAUAAUUCUUUGGAUCCACUGACGCCUGCUCAUUUUUUGACUGGAUCUCCGUAUACUGCAUUGCCUGAACCCUGUCGUCUGGAUAUGCAAGUCAAUCGAUUGGAGAGGUGGAAUCAGCUGCAAGCCAUGGUUCAAGGCUUUUGGAAAAGGUGGCAUAUGGAAUACCUGACAUCUCUUCAUGAGCGGACAAAGUGGCAUCUGGAAACCGAGAAUCUGAAGAUCGACACACUGGUAGUACUCAAGGAGCCCAAUCUACCGCCCUCUAAAUGGAUUCUUGGCCGCAUCACAGCAGUGCACGCAGGAAUCGACAACAAGGUCCGAGUCGUUACAGUGAAGACUGCUCACGGAUUAUACAAACGCCCAAUUGCCAAAAUCGCUGUACUGCCUCUCUGCUGA